UUAUGUUUCCUUGAUGCGCUUCAGAUGUACAGAUGCAGAGCUGAUGCUUGGUGAGCAAUCAAGACUUGUCGUGUGCGCCACCUGCUCAGUUUCAUUCACUUCUUCCUGCCCAAUCAAGCGAGAACGGGGGAAACAGAGGCAGCUGAUGGUUAGUAGACAAGAACUGUUCCUUGAAAACCCCAGGACCUAUCCUGACCUUGUCUGAAGAAACCUAGAAGAAGGUUUUUCUUAGCCUUUACGUAUUCCAUACCAAGAAGGCCUAGGCUCUGGAAUUCUGCUGCCAUGGAAAAAUCAAGAUCCCUGAUCCGGCAAGUAAUUGGCCACAAGAUGCUCUUUGUUGUCUUCCUACUUUUCCUCACAGAUAUUCUUGUAGAGGUUGUUGCCAUAACAAAUGGGACCACCCCCGUAAAUAAAACAGAUAGUUUAAAUAUAAGUGCCUCAGGUUUUCCAGCAUCUUCUCAGACGACUGAGGAGAAUUUUAUGACAUCUGUUGCAUCACCUCCUGAUGCUACCACGCCUGACACUCUUAACAGAAGUUUGAGCACUCCAGAGCAACCAGCACUGUCCCUCAAUGCAGCACCUCUAGUCCCCAAACAGGAACUGCAAUCUGACACGGCCGUGACCACUGCUGUCCCAGAAGACACUUCCUCCCCUAUGCGAAAUGAAAGCAUUGCCUCUACCAAAGAAAAACACCCUCUUAAAGAAACAACAAAGGUUCAAAAAUCCAAACCACCUCCUGUUCAGCAAGAACUUGCCUCUAAAAUGAUAGUCACAUCACAUUUCAUUAGUGAGACGGUAUCUUCUCCAACAAAGGAUUCGGGAACCAGAUCCCAGGGGAGCUUCUUUAAGAAAUCAAGUGCAACUGCCUACCCAGAAACAACAAAGAGCAGAGAACCAAAAGAUGACAGAAAGGGGCCAACACCACCAAGUCAAGCUAUUCCAGAAUUAACUCAGAUUCCUGAGAUUGGCGGCCAUUAUAUGUCUGGUCCAACGCCACCAAGUCAAGCUGUUCCAGAAUUAACUCAGAUUCCUGAGAUUGGCGGCCAUUAUAUGUCUGGUCCAACGCCACCAAGUCAAGCUGUUCCAGAAUUAACUCAGAUUCCUGAGAAUGGCAGUCACUACAAGUCUGGUCCUUUCACCACAUCGGUGACACCUAUCAAUGAUGUACCUAUAUUUGACUCUUCUGACAAAAGACCCUCAGAGAAGAAAAAGUCUGUCAUCAUUUUGGCCAUCGUUUUUUCCGUCCUGCUGCUUGUAGGUCUCCUAGUUUUCCUGUACUUCAGGCGCCGCCGUCACUCUGGCUCUACCAGCUUCAAUUCCCCAGAAUGGGCUGGACAAGCGACGUUGCCAGAUGAUACGGGCUUGGAUAAGGACGUGGAGCAACAGGUGGGGUCUGUAGGGGAAGGGGAAACCCGGCGUGGGACUCUUGUGACUUUCUUUGGGAAGCGUCAGUCUAGGGUACCUUCGAUAGCUAUGGAAGAAGUCAAUGGGAAAGGAGGCAAGGAGGAAACAGAGAAGUUGCUUUGUGAAGAGGCUGAGAAUGGGUCCUCUUCGGAGGCAAUUGGAGAUGCCAAUGGCAAAGUACCAGAGCCCCUUAAGGAGUCUUCUCAGGAGUCCCCAGCCUCCAAUAAGGACUAAAUAGGACUUUCUUUGUUUUUCCUUGAAGACGUUUCACUUCGCAUCUAAGAAGGUUCUUCUGUUCAGCUUAGAUAAGAAGCGAAAUGAAAGGAAAAACAAAGUCCAGUUUGCCUUUUGAAAAAGCACAUCUGGGGUACCCAUGACUCAGAUGACUGAGAAUCUCCAUACACAUUUCUCUAAAAUCAGAAUUCCUCCUAAAUCAGAAUUUCUGGCUUUGCAGGUUGGUGGGGGGAGGGGUGGGUGGGAGAGGGGAUGGUUGAAAGCACAAAUGCACAAAUGGAGUGCACACUCGCUCCACUGCUCCCGCAUAUGGGGAUGUGUGUAUGUGCACACACUCACCCACCACUCCCACUGCCCGGUUCCGAAUGGCUCA